AUGAAGGCAUCUUCCAUCAUUACUGUUACAUUGCUACAAGCAAGUACUGCGAUAGCUCAGUUUUGGAGUGUUCCGUAUGCUUCCGUCAGUUGGGACAACUUGCAGCACAUUCGCGUAUAUGCUGUCGAUCCAAACGGCGCCAUCAGAGAGUGGCAAUUUGACGGCAAUGGGUGGAAGGGCCCCAGUUUCAUAGGUGCUCUGGCCAGGAUUGGUACAAUUGUCACGGCCGUAAACGACGGUGACCGCAUUCGUGUCUACUAUCAGCUUCCAAAUGGCAGGGCAAAAGAGAGAAUCUACGAAGGGAAAUGGUAUGAUGGACCUACGCUGCCAUAA